CUCCGAAUCGCCAGCAUGCGCCUGGAGGAAUUGAAUAGACUAGAGAACACUCUGGAUCAAGUGCAUGAUGCAAAAUAUGUUGUCCAAAACAUCCAUCAACUUCCCAUCGAUUUUGGAAAUGAUAUUGAAAAAUGUCAAACCAGCAGAGGGGUGCCAGAAUCAAAAGUGAAAAUCAUUCAGCGAGCAUGGCGUGAAUACUUGCAGCGUCAAGAGCCCAUCCGGCACAGCAGCAUGGAGAAACGGAGUCCAUCACCACCUUCCCUGUCGUCAGGAAAAAUGAGCACCUCUAUCAGCAUGAACACACUUUCUGAUGGCAGCACUCCUGUGCCACAACUGUUUUCUCUGCUCAGCAAAUGCAAUGGUGACUCCUUAGGGAACAGGGGCUAUCCACAGAAGAGUCGGCACAUUAAACCUACACGGAAGCAUAAAGCCCAGUGGAGGACAGAUACAAUGUUUUCCAAUCCAUAA